GGCUCUGCGUGCGCAUUAAAGCCAAAGCGAUCAUGACGGUCAGUUUCUGGAGGGUCCUUUUGAUUCACUUCGCCGCUACAACAACAUGCCUCUCCUGCUGUUCGCCGGACGACGUGAGUCACCCCACCAUACCAGCGAUCGCCAAACACUUCUGCACCAAAGGGAGGUACGAAGAAGUCAACCCUCACCUCAUAGAGGACAUCCUGGCGGUGAAUAGGUCGCUUCUGCAGCCUCCGUCCGCGCACUGUCGCGUGAUCCAUCUCACGGCCAUCGUAAGACACGGGACGAGAUACCCGACGAGCAAAAAUGUCAAAAAGAUGCGGAAGUUGUACGAUCUGGUCCGGAGCGAGGCCCGAGGCGAGGAGAGCUGGCUGUGCGAGCUCCGGAGCCGCUGGAGGAUGUGGUACACCGAGGACAUGGACGGGAGGCUGGCCCAGAAGGGUGUGGAGGACCUCAGACAUCUGGCCGUCAGGCUGUCCAAGCUGUUCCCCUCCAUGGUUUCAGAGGAGAAGCUUCGAGGUGGACUCAUCAAGUUCAUCAGCAGCUCGAAGCACAGGUGUGUCAACAGCACGCUGUCCUUUAAAGCAGGACUCACAGAGCUGUGGGACAUCAGAGAUGUGGAGUUUGACCACGCAGAGAACGAUGCCCUCAUGAGGUUCUUUGAUCAGUGCACCAGGUUUGUGCAGGAAGUAGAAAACAACCCAUCGGCACUGACGGAGCUAGACAAGUUCCAACAGGGCCCGGAGAUGAACAGGGUCCAGCAGAAGAUUGCAGAUCGUCUGGGAGUCCCGUACGCUGCCGUCACAGAUGAUAUGGCAGAAGCUGCGCUCUACUUAUGUGCAUAUGAGUUUGCCAUAAGGACGGUGAACUCCCCAUGGUGUCGGCUGUUUGACAAGGUCGACGCUCAGGUUAUGGAGUACUUCAUUGACCUGAAGCAGUUCUGGAAACGAGGCUAUGGGUUUGACAUAAACAGCAAGUCCAGCUGCAUCCUGUUCCACGACAUGUUCAGUCGUCUGGAGAAAGCAGUCACGGAAAACAACUCGGGUCAGCAGGUCACCGAGGCUGUGACGGUCCAGGUCGGCCAUGCAGAGACCCUCUUGCCACUUCUCACCCUCCUGGGUUUCUUCAAGGACACCGUUCCGCUGAAGUCGUCAAACUACGCCUACCAGACCCAGCGCUCCUUCCGCACCAGCCUCAUGUUACCGUACGCCGCCAACUUUGUCCUGGCGCUGUACGACUGCGGAGGAGGCGACGUCAGGCUGCAGCCACUGCUCAACGAGAAGCCCGUGACCUUCCCCGGUUUGGCUGACCAGCACAUGCCACGUUAUCAAGAUGUCAGAAAGCACUACGGGGAUCUGCUCAGUGGCUGUGACUUUGAGACUGAAUGCCAGCUGUUCAAAAAAACACCUGAACUUUAGACAGAGUGAAGCUUUAAGAAAGGAAGGUCAUUGAUUGGCUUGUUAUGGAACACCUGCUUCUGUCAUGUAAAACUUUAUUGUAUCACAACUUUAUUACCUGAAUACUGCAAUAAGUAUUUUAACUCCUGCUGUCUCAUGCUUUGAAUCAGUGGCUGGACUGACACCAAGGAUCUCAGUUGAGAAGUUAAACAGAUUAUUUUGUCUUUACAGCAUCCUCACUGCUAUAAUUAUUUUAUGUAAUAACCAACAUAGAGCAUCCUUUUUAUGUGAUCAGUGUUCUAUUGUAGUGCCUUUGGCGGUGGGGGUUAGUUUGUUUCCCCAAAAAGCAUCAAAUCACCAAAAUUAUUUUGCUGCGAGUUGUGUCACAUUUGAUUUAUUG